AUGACCCUCGCCUCGGCGGCCCGCCAGCCGACCUUUGCCCCGAGUGACUCCGGUGCCGAGAAGCCUAUGAGCGCCCCGGUUGCUUUCUCUCGCGGCGGCACCCCCACCGCCCACGCCAGCUCGCCCAUCAUGACUGGUGCUGCAGUCCUGGCUCUCAAGUACAAGGACGGCGUGAUGAUCGCCUGCGACAACCACCUCAUGUUCGGCAGCAUGGACAAGUUCCGCAACGUCGAGCGCCUGAUCACCGUGGAGCCGGCCACCAUUGUCGGCUUCUCCGGUGACUAUGCCGAUUUCCAGUACAUCAAGAGCCUCCUGGAUGACCUUGUCCUCAAGGAGCGCACUUGCGACGACGGCCACUCCCUCUCUCCGCGCCAUGUGUUCGAGUAUCUUGCCUCCAUGAUGUACCAUCGCCGCAACAAGUUCGACCCCCUCUGGAACACUCUGGUGGUGGCUGGCGUCGACACCCAGGGCAAGAGCUUCCUCGGGCAGGUGGAUCUCCGCGGUGGCAGCUACCAGGCCGACACUGUCACCACUGGCUUCGGUAACUAUCUUGGCCAGCCGCUGCUCCGUGAAGCCGUCGAGGGCAAGAUUGACUCGAUUGACGAGGAGGCUGCCAAGGAGAUUAUGAAGGAUGCCCUGAAGGUCCUGUUCUACCGCAACACCCAGGCUGCCAACACCGUUCAGAUUGGUGUCGUCCGCCGCCCGGAUGCCCAGGCCGGCGAAACCAAGCCCACCAUCCAGAUUGAUGAGCCGAUCACCCUUGACACUGAGUGGGGCUUCGCCCAGAUGGUCGUCGGCUACCGGUAA